GUGUGAACGUUAUUACAAAGGUCACAUGCGGACGGGAAGUGAUGGCAAAUCAAGACCCUCCUUCGCUCCUUAUAUAAGGAGAGGGCUGCCGCCGUCUGCCGCCAUAGACAACAUGGAGCGUCUUCUUCUGCUUCUUGUUUUGGGCCUCGCAGGUGCGUCGCCGCCGAUGGACGACAACCUGUGCCAGCCUCACUCCAGACCCUGGCAGGUGUGGCUUCAGAGCCCCUGGAAGAGAUGCAGCGGCGCCCUCGUAAACCGCUGGUGGCUGGUGACGUCCGCCGCCUGCGCAUCGACCGACGUCACGGCGUCGCUGGGCGAACAUAAUGUGACGGCGGACGAGGGCACCGAGGAGCACAUUGCCGUGGCGGAGGUUAUCCGCCACAGCCCGUACCGCUCACCCCUGCACAGCCUGGUCAUGAUGCGCCUGGCCCAGCCGGCCCAUUUCACCCAAUACGUGCAGCCCAUCGGCCUGCCGGGUCGCUGCCCUCAGCCCGGAGACAGCUGCACUGUCAGCGGCUGGGGCUCCACAGUGCCCAAUCAGUAUGAGUCUCCUAACCAGCUCAAGUGUUUAACUGUACCGGUUGUGGAAGAUCAAACUUGCGUGAAUGCGUUCCCCGACUACCUGUUCUGGAGCUUGGGGAUGGUGUGUGCUGGCGGGGCUGACGCCGCUGGCUGCUUGAAGGACAAUGGCGCCGUGCUGGUGUGCGACGGACAGCUGCAGGGCGUGCAGUGGGUGGAUCUGGGCUGUUGGAACGCCGAGCACCCCAGCGUCUACACCAAGCUGUGCAAAUACAACGACUGGAUGCGCAGAGUGAUGGACAGCCACACGCCGACCACCACCACCGCACGGGCCUUCACCUCCAAGAGCCCAUGAGGGAGGAAAAACAAAAACCGGUUAUUUCAGUAGCUGGCUCCCGUGAGAACAAUCAGGCAUCAAGGAACGACUCUCGCACGUUGAAGCCUCAAAAUAUGAUUCAUUUGAAGCUCGUUAUACUUACAUUUCAUAACCACAUUACAUACCUAGUUGUCCCUCAAACAUCCCCGUCCCCGUUUCUUUUGCCUUGCACAAAUUGUCUUUCUUGAUAUUUUUCAUAUGUACAUUUCAUCAAGUGUCAAAUUUGACCUUGUUUCAAUAAACCAAUGCCUUUCCUUGA